AGCUUUUGUGUUAAACUAAAAUCAUUUAACAUAAAUAUGAAACUUAGUGAAACACUGGCUGUUCUAAGAAUUCUUAGAAAUUUUAAAGGAAUCGGGGUAAAUCAAAAUUCUUUAAAGCAUAGACCCGUAUUAUCAUCAUACCAUACAAGUUACAAUAUUCAAUCUGUUCGAGGAUUGCGCAACAAAUCAACCUCAAAAUCAACGCUUGAAAAUGAACAGAUGCAAGAAAAUUUACAAGAGUUUAUUCGACUUUCUAACAAGAAAGUUCAACGAAACACAAAGACUGUAAGCAAUGUCACUACAGACCCUGAGCUCAACUUCACAGUUAGUAGUGUAGAAUCUGUUCCUGAUGUACCAGUAGAGAAGAAACGAGAAACAGGAAUGGAUAUUGCUGUAAAGAUGAGAAGAGAAAACCGAGGUUUAACUCAGUCUAUAAAGUCAAAACAUCGUGGUGUAGACUUACUGAAACCGAUCGAUGUAAAUCUAUUAUCUGAUGUUCGACUGACCAAGCUGCUUCGAAAGAAUGUUAUCUACGCUGAUAAUAAACUUGUUAUAUUUAACAAACCUUAUGGAUUGCCAAUGCAUGAUGGGGACGGUACAAAACAAACUGUGAAAAAUGUUUUGCCAUUUCUGUCGAAAAUGGUUUACGGUAUUAACACUGAUAUUCCAUUGCACCUGUGUCAUCGACUGGACAAAAAUACGACUGGUAUAACAAUUUGUAGCACAGAUGCAGAGAUGGCUGAUUAUGUAAUGGGAUUAUUCCGGCAGCGUCGAGUACUGAGAAAAUACCUAGCAGUUGUGGUUGGGGAGCCUGAGCCAAUGAAAGGUGUGGUUGAUAUGCCAAUGUCGGAAAGCAUUGUGUCUGCCACUAAAUCUACAAAACGUCAUUCACGGAUGAUAAUAAAACCUGAUGUGAGAUACGAUGAUGCAACUGGGAAAGAAUAUCCACUUCGUAAUGCGGGUGGCCACACUGCAAUUACGCAUUAUCGAACCAUUGAUACAACAGGAGAUUUAUCUUUGGUUGAGCUUCAACCUCAAACAACCGUAAAACACCAGCUGCGUGUGCAUAUGGCGGAUGGCUUGUCCUGUCCAAUACUUGGCGAUCAUAAAUACUCGCGGUACGGCUCACUGGCGCCACAGGUCUUACCACCGAGGGUGUUGAGAAUGUUUAAUAUACCACACUCCAAAUCUCGCUAUAUGCCUUUGCAUUUACAUCUUCAGCAAGUGCUAAUUCCAGGUGUUUUGGAUGGUUCCAAGCCUAACAUGGUAGUUGGAUCUCGUUUGCCUUUCCACUUUAGUAGGACUCUCAAUUUGCUCAAAAUGAAGCCAGGAGCACAUGAAGGCUGGGAAGGGGACCAUCGUCCUGUUCGAAAUACAACAGCUGAACCUUUACGCCAAGAUAAUGAUCUUUACACUGAUCCUACAAGGUCUCAAACUUCUGAGACCUCUGCGUUUGACCAAACAGACGACUGCGAAAAAGUUUUUCGAACUCGAAUUAAAGUGAAAUACAGGCCCACCUAAUAAACUGGCAUUCUUAUGUUUAAACUGAAUGAAACUGGUUUGAUUUUAAUAUGCAGUUUAUUCCAAGUCAACAAUACUGGACACAACACAGAAAAGAAAGCAAGAAACCUUUUACCAAGCGUACCGAACACCUCAUAAAACAACAUAAUUACGAACUUUUAUAAUUGGUUGAAUAAAUAGUGAACACUGG